GCAUAACAACGAGGGGGAGUUCCAUCUGGUCACGUGACCGGGACAACAACAACAACCGCAUAACCGAAAGUUCUGCAGCUGCAGUGACAGUGUUUGUCAGGAUUUGGACCUCAGGAAUCGAAGAGGAAAGAAACGCGGACUCACACGUGUCCGUGGAUUUCAAGAAGUCUGACAUUUGUGGCACUAUAAGAAACAAGACGGCGGCAGAUCACUUACACAGAAAUGUCUGAUGGGAAAAAGAGGAGAAGAUCUUUGAGGAUAAACCCGCAGCAUGACGGCUCUGAAGCCUCCAACAGAAUUGGUGGGAGUGAUGUUCAAUCUGUGGAUAACAGCUGUGUGUCUCUUAAGAGCGACAGGUCCAAGAAUAGACCACCACACUUUAGUGAUGAUGGAAUAGAAAGCCAAGAAAGUAAGAAGCUGCUCAGCUGUUCCAUUUGUGCUCAGGGCCUAAAGGACUCUGUUCAGUUUCUAUGCGGACAUCAGUUAUGCAAACAAUGUCUGAGUUCAGGUUUGGAGCACUCAGACUCUCCAGGAGAAAGUCUCUGUCCAGAGUGUGCAGAUAAAUUAUUGAAGGCCACAGAGGAAGAUGCAGGAAACAUCUUGGAAUCAAAGAAGAUCCUAAAAGAAGCAAUGAAAAAUGAGUUUACCGAGACAUCUGAGGGCAAUGGUGACCAUCCCAGUUACUUGAUGAGCAUCUUUACAGAGCUCCACAUCAUCAGUGGAGAAAGUGAGGAACCAUAUAUUGAGCAUGAGUACAGACCCCUGAAAAGCAAACGCAGAAAACGAUCCAGGUCUGGUUGUAGUGUUGAUCUGAAGGACAUCUUCAAACUCUUUCCUGAUCAGAAACCCAACAGGACCGUCCUGAUGAAGGGAGUCUCAGGCAUUGGAAAGUCUUUUGCUGUCCACAAGUUCAUUCUAGAUUGGGCUGAAGAACGGGAAAACCAAGAUUUUGAUUUUGUUUUCAGUUUUGCAUUUCGUAUGUUGAACUUGUUCAGAGGCAGGAAGAGCUUUCUGGAAUUCUUGAGUGAGUUUCACCCGUCGCUGCCAAACCUCCAACACUUGGUGGGUUUUGACAAAACCAGGAUCCUGGUGAUCCUUGAUGGCUUUGAUGAAAGUAGACUCCAUCUGGAUUUCCACAAGUCCAACACAAUAACAUCCAUCAGUGAAAGAACAUCUGUGGAGAAUCUGCUUGUAAACCUCAUCAAGGGUAACAUUCUUCCAAACGCAAACGUCUGGAUAACUUCUCGUCCUGCAGCAGCCAAUCAAAUCCCAGCAAAGUACAUGAACAUGGUUACAGAGAUAAGAGGGUUCAACGAUGCACAGAAAGCCGAAUACUUCAGGAAGAGACUGAGUCCAGACUUGAGUCUUGCUGAAAGAGUCAUCUCACACAUUCAGUCCUCACAAACUCUGGACAUGAUGUGCCAGAUCCCCAUCUUCUGCUGGAUUUCUGUCAUCUUGUUUAAAGAGGUUUUUAGAGGAGGUGGAGAUACAGAAACCCCCAAAACUCUGACUGAGAUGAUGGCCCACUUCCUGUUUGUCCAGACAAAACGCCAAAGCAGAAAUUAUGAGAAGAAGAGUGAGACAAGCAAAGAGAAACUUCUGAAAAGUCACAGAGAUUUCCUACUGAAACUUGGAAAACUUGCAUUUGUUCAGCUGCAGGAGAACAAACUCAUCUUCUACGAGGACGACUUGAAAGAAUGUGGGAUUGACGUAGAAGAAGCAUCUGUCUACUCUGGAUUUUGUAACACAGUUCUCCGAAAACAAGAAGUCUUCUUCCAGAAAAAGGUCUUCUUCUUUGUCCAUCUCACCAUCCAGGAGUUCUUUGCAGCUCUUUACAUCUAUGAAUGUCUUGCUACAAACGUCACUGGAGAUCUUUUCAGUUUUCUUGAUCUGAAAGAAGAAAAUUCUUUACUUGACCUCCUUAAAAAGACAGUAGACAAAGUGUUGGAGAAGAAGAAAGGUCACCUGGACUUUUUCCUGAGAUUCCUCCUCGGCCUGAUGGUGGAAUCCAACAAGAGAGUCCUCAACGGUUUGCUGACCCCACUGGAUCCAAAGGAAGAUACAGACAAGAAAAUCUUGACGUACCUCAAAUCCAUUCGAAGGAAGACCCUGUCUCCAGACAGUUGUAUCAACAUUUUCCAGACCAUGGUGGAGAUGAGAGACCACAAAGUCAAAGAUGAGAUUCAGGAGUAUCUGAGACGGUCAGAUCGUUCAGAAACAGAACUGACUCCUCUUCACUGCUCUGCUCUGGCCUUCAUGUUGCUGGUCUCCAAGGAUGAAUUAGAUGAACUGAAUCUGAAGAGUUACAAAACGUCACAGGAAGGCAGAAGGAGGCUGAUACCAGCUGUGAGGAGCAGCAAGAAGGCUGUGCUUGCUGAAUGCAAAGUGACCAUGGAAUGGAUUGAGCAUCUGACAUUUGAUCUAAAGUUCUCCAGCUCAGCUGUGAGAGAUCUGGACCUGAGCAACAACGAUCUGACAGAUUCGGGAGUGAAGCUGUUGUGUGACGGACUGGAGAAUCCCAACUGCAGAUUGGAGAUACUGAGGUUGUCCGGUUGUCUCGUCACUGAGACGGGCUGUCAGUAUCUGGUUGCGGCUCUGAAGUUGAACCCGUCCCAUCUGACGGAGCUGGACCUGAGCUACAACCAUCCAGGAGAGUUUGGAACAAAGCAGCUGUGUGAGCUAAAAGAUGAUCCAGACUUCAAGCUAAGCAAAUUAAAUCUUGACCAUGGUGGAACUCACAGGAUGAAACCUGGCUUUAAAAAAUAUGCCUGCAAACUGACCUUGGACCCCAAGACGACACCCAAGACUGUGCACCUCUCUGAAGAAAACAGACGAGUGACCUGGGACAGGAAUGACAAAAGGUCAUCUCCUCGUCAUAACGGAGGACCUGAUUACCAACAAGUGUUGUGUGGGCAGGAGCUGACGGGGCGCUGUUACUGGGAGGUGGAGGCUGUUGGGUCUUUUAGCAUUGGGGUGAUAAGGAGGGACGCCAGUGUGAGACGGGAAACUGAAGUCAGGAUGGGGACCAAUAAAACAUCGUAUUGUUUGGUCAGUGCAGACGAUGGUUUCUAUACUUUACAUGACAACAACAGAGUAGAUCUGCCUGCUAGACAGACCAGUCAUGUUGGGAUCUAUGUAGAUCAGACAGCUGGCUCUCUGUCUUUCUACAGAGUUUCCUCUGACAAUCUCAUUCAUCUCCAUACCUACCAAAUGUCCCCCAGUGAGCCUCUCUGUGCUGCUGUUGGGCUUAAACUUCCGGCCUCCUGGUUCAAAAUUUGCGGGUAAAAAUGGCUUUGGGACAACUUUCUGCAGCUGAGGGUUUUUUUCCCCAACGCUCCUCAGUGUAUUCUAAACAGAGAGCGCUAACUGCUUUGGAAGUACAUUUGGGCCACUAAUUGUUUUAUGCUUUUUGCUAAGCUGUAUGGCUCAAUUAAUUUAUUGAUAUCUGAAGCCCUUUAGCUUAGCACUUUUGAUUUUGAAAAUGAAGGAUGCGUCAUGUUACUGGGAUUCAUCUUCUGUUGCUGAUUUGUUGUUUUGAAAUUAAGCAUGAUGCAAAUAGUGUCAUAUUUUUGUAAAUUGUGUAAAUACUGAGAACAGGAAAUAUGUUAGUCUAUUUGUCAUGGUAUGUUUACUUCUGUGUGAUAAAGCAGCAGCUGCUAAAUGUUUCUCAGGCUUUGUCCAAAUUCCCACUCUAACCCCUAACCACUAAAAAACUACACUACAUAGUGUGGCAUUAUGUAGUGCCACGAAUUUUAAAAGCAAUUUGGACACCCUGCUCACUACUUUUUUAAAUUUGUUUAGCGGCAGAUAUGAUCGAUUUUGCAAAGGUAAAAUCCAAUUAAUAUGAGGGUUUGAAAUGAUUAUUUAUGAGUCCACUGUCUUCUGAAGGUAAAAACGUUGAUGAUUUAUUUAAAGAAUACAUUUAAAUAAAUUUUUUGGGCACAUAUUGUUCAGAC